ACGGGCUAGAUCGUUCGUAUACUAGUUUCCUGAGCAUCAAAGAAGCAUACGGUCACGCGGUGAAGUGUAUACGUUAUUCAAACCUGUCGAUUCCAUUGUAUCCACGUUACGUCGUAUUCGUUCCACGGUUUUGUCGCAUUGCGUGUCAGUUUACGAAUGAAAUAUGGGAGCUACUUCGAACGCAACAUACUUAGGGCUUGAUCUCAGCACACAGCAGUUGAAAGCGGUAGUCGUCGAUAACAAUCUCGCCGUUCUCCAUGAAACCAGUGUACAAUUCGACAAUGAUCUGCCGGAGUUUAGAACGUACGGAGGUGUCAUUCAGAGAAAAACAGAGCCACACGUGGUGGUGGCUCCCACAUUGAUGUGGGUUAAGGCUCUGGACAUGAUCCUUGAUAAAUUACGCGUGUGUGGCGUCGAUUUUAGCAAGGUGGCUGCUAUUUCCGGAUGCGCACAGCAACAUGGCACAGUUUACUGGGGCAAGGGCAGUCGAAAUCAUUUGCAGCAGUUGGAUCCUGCGAAAUUCUUGCACGAACAGCUGGUCACCACUUUUUCGGUGACACCGUCACCUGUGUGGAUGGAUUCCAGCACCACCAAAGAGUGUAACAUUUUAGAAGAGAUUGUGGGUGGUCCGGAAAAAUUGGCGGAGAUAACGGGUUCUCGGGCGUACGAAAGAUUCUCUGGACCUCAGAUAGCGAAAAUAGCACGCACUAGACCGGAAGCCUACGGCAACACUGAGAGAAUCUCCUUAGUUAGCAAUUUUCUCGCUUCCUUAUUUUUGGGCGACUUCGCGCCAAUCGAUUGGUCCGAUGGCUCUGGAAUGAACUUAUUAAAUAUUCAUACGAAAGACUGGGACGACGUUCUAUUGGAGGCUUGUAGUCCUGGUUUGCGAGAAAAACUCGGGAAACCAGUUUCCUCGUACAACGAUAUCGGUCCAAUUUCGCCCUAUUUCGUCGAAAGAUUCGGCUUCGACGAAACAUGCAGGAUAAUUACGUUCACGGGCGACAAUUCUGGUUCUCUAAUAGGAAUGAGAUUGAAGGAAGGUGACAUAGCUUGCAGCUUAGGGACAAGCGACACUUUAUUUUUAUGGUUGGACAAACCGAAAACUGCUCUCGAAGGACAUAUUUUCUGCAACCCUAUCGAUGAUAAAUCUUACAUGGCUUUGCUUUGCUUCAAGAAUGGAUCUCUGACUCGCGAAAGAAUACGCGAUAGUGCGGCACAGAGUUCUUGGCAGAUCUUCAACGAGCUGCUGGAAAGUACUCCACGGGGUAAUUUUGGAAAUUUAGGUUUAUAUUUUGACGCACAAGAAAUUUUGCCGUAUGUCAUCGGAGAUCAUCGUUUCAAUAAGGCGAACGACGAAAUAUCGCGCUACAGCUCGAAAGAGGUAGAAGUAAGAGCUCUGAUUGAGGGUCAAUUCGUUGCAAAAAGAGCUCACGCUGAAGAUUUUGGUUUCGUUAUUGGACAAAAUACGCGUAUUAUUGCAACGGGUGGUGCAUCUACAAACAAAGCCAUACUACAAGUACUUUCUGACGUUUUUAAUUCACCGGUAUACAUUUCGGAAGUAGCAAAUUCGGCAAUGAUGGGUGCAGCCUAUCAGGCAAAGCACGCUUUAUUGCGAAACGAAAGCAGCUUUGACGAAAUAACACGUUGCUUGCCAGAACCGACACUUGUAUGUCGUCCUUAUGAUGAUGCAGAAUCAAUAUACAAAUCGAUGGUUGCACGUUAUCGAAAAAUCGUAGAGCAAAUUAAAAAUAAAACAAGUACAAAGUGAAGUAUGUAAAUAUUAUACAUACACAAUG